AUGUCGGCUUCACAGAUACCCAAUCUCAACACCUUACGCCGUGGCGGCGGCCGUGGUCGCCUCCGUGGUCGAGGUGGUGGUCAUACAGGCGAGAAUGACCAGGAUGCACAGUUCCGACGAGGGGGGUCCAACCCCAAAGACAGGGUGGUGCAAGGCACGGACAAUGACGCCAGCGUCUCGCGUCUCAGCGCCGUCAACCUGGGCUACCUCGAAGAUCCAUUUGCUUCAGCACUAACCCCUCCAGGACAGGAAACUCGAAGACUGCCGAUCAUCAACCGAGGCACCUACGUCCGCACCACAACAAUUGACCACCUCCUCACCCACUUCUUUCUCCCUGGCGCCCAAACCGAUACGCAAACCUCAGCAACCCCUUCUCGGAAAAAGCAAAUCAUCUCCCUCGGCGCCGGCUCCGAUACCCGUAUCUUCCGCCUCCUAACCUCCCACCCCUCCCUCCACCACCACCACCACCACCACAACAACAACCUCAUCUACCAUGAACUCGACUUUCCCACCAACACCGCGGCAAAGGUCCGCGCUAUCCGCGGCUCUCCCCUUCUCCAGCGCGCUCUAGGCAUCACCGCUGCCGACCCAAAGAGCGUGACCAUCUCGCCCGCCGCCGACGCUCUGCAUACCCCGCACUACCACCUCCACCCCAUCGACCUCCGCCGGCUGGCCGCACUGGCAACUUCCGCCUCGGAAGUCGACCUAGAGACGAUACUCCCUGGCCUCGACCGGAGCUUACCCACCGUCCUGGUCUCAGAGUGUUGUUUGAUGUACCUAGAGUCAGAGGAGGCGAGACGGGUGGUCGACUUCUUCACGGGGGUGUUCAGCCCCAAGUCCUCUACUGUGCUGCAAAGUCAAGCGCAGGACGGCGAUACUGGGCUUGGAGGCAUAACGGAAGGGGCCGGAAAUGCAGAGGAGCGAGGCUCCUCCGCCCCGGCCCCGCUGGGGUUGAUCCUCUACGAGCCGAUCCGGCCGGACGACGCAUUCGGGCGGACGAUGGUGGCGAAUCUGGCGACGAGGGGCAUCCAGUUGCAGACACUGCAUCGGUAUGCGAGUCUGGCAGCGCAGCGGGAGCGGCUCAGGGAGCAUGGGUUCGCGACUGGGCAGGAGGCGGCGGAUGUGGAUUUUUUGUGGGAAAGGUGGGUGCCUGAGGCGGAAAAGGAGCGGGUCGCUGGGUUGGAGAUGUUGGAUGAGAUGGAAGAGUGGCGGUUGUUGGCUAGGCAUUAUUGUGUGGCGUGGGGGUGGAGGGAGGGAGAAGAUACGCGGGGGAAGGUCUUUGAGGGGUGGAGGGGGCUGGAGGGGCAGCGGGAAUGA